UUUAACCUCUCAGGUGUAAACCAAUAUAAUUAGCAAGCAGUUUUGUUUUUUUUACCUCUCGUCAAAGUCCAGUAUUUGUAAAGGUUAAUUAUAUAAAUUAAAUAAGAUAACUUGACUGAAACGUAACAGCGCUGCCGUAGUUGGUUUGCCUCUGCCUCUUUGUUCGCGCAUCCCUUUUCUUCCUCGCAGUGUCGGUGCCAUGCGUCAAGCCAUUGGACUAAUAGACCAUCAGUCUUCCCAUCACGACAGCACCCCCUCUCCACCCUCCAAGCGCCACGCGCACACACGCACGAGCUUUUCUCACGCGCCGCCACAAACGCUUGCAGCUCUAGCGAAGGAGCAGCGGUGAGAUGUUGGUUCCGCCGCGACCCGCCGGCUCUUCCUUCCUUUCGGGCUUCUCCUCGGAGCGGAGCGCAGGGAGGGAAGCCUCUGCUAUGCGUUCAGCCGGGGAGCUGAAAUAAAAGAAGGGGGAUUCGGUCGGGGCUGGAUAUCUGUUUAUUUUUCCCAUUGCGAGGAUGACAGAGUGCUGACAAAGAAAACCGGGGGAGCCUUGCUGGCUUCGGUUUACACCCGCGAACUUAAAAGGCACGCGCUUAAAGCUCAGCCAAAGAUUUUUCUUCAUAAACAUUUAUUUUUGGGGGAGGGGGAAAGGGAACCAUGCCUGUUCGGAGAGGUCAUGUUGCGCCACAAAACACAUUUCUAGGAGUGAUUAUUCGGAAAUUCGAAGGACAAAAUAAGAAAUUCCUCAUCGCCAAUGCCCGCGUGCAGAACUGCGCCAUCAUCUACUGCAACGACGGCUUCUGCGAGAUGACGGGCUUCUCCCGGCCGGACGUCAUGCAGAGGCCGUGCACAUGCGACUUCCUGCACGGCCAGUUCACCAGCCGGCACGCCGUGGCCCAGGUGGCCCAGGCUCUCCUGGGCUCCGAAGAGCGCAAGGUGGAGAUCACCUACCACCGCAAGGACGGUUCCAAGUUCCCCUGCACCACCCAYAUCAUCCCGGUGAAGAACGAGGAGGGCGUGGUCAUGAUGUUCAUCCUGAACUUCGAUUACAUCCUGGACGACGUCAGCUGCGACUCGCUGGAGAGACUCAACCACACGUCUCCCUCCAAAGCUGACCAGCGUAGAGGGAGGUUCUUCCGCUUCCGUUUCCCAGCCUUGCCGCUCCUGGGCAUCAGCAAGCAGUCCCUUCCCCAAGAGGACCCAGACGCGGUCAUGGUGGACUCUCCUCGGCACAGCGAUGGCUCGGUGGUCACACGUGACUACCAACUCCCCACMACUCGCGAGAGCUGCAGUCCAUCCUAUGCCAACGACACUCGCGCUCUCAUCGGCCCCAGCCAUUGUUCAACGCCGGUAUCGGGUCCCUUAGACCACUCAUCUCCCAAGGGCCCCUGGAAUCGGAUGUACCAGGGCCAGGCCAUUGCCCAGACCCAACACCAGAGUCAAGAGGACACUCUUACUGCAGCGCCGUCAAUCCCGGGCCUCACUCCGACUGCCUCUAGAGAGACUGUGUGCAGUAUUCGCAGAGCCUCUUCUGUACAUGACAUUGAAGGCUUYGGCUCCAAGUACAAAACUACAUUCAGGGACAGGCAUGCCAGUGAAGACAAUGGUCGCAAUAUCAAAGUAUCGCGCUCCUGGAUGGCUGGGGGGCCACUCAGCCACAUCAAGUCCAGCCUGCUGGGCUCCACCUCCGACUCCAACCUCAACAGGUACAGCACCAUUAACAAGAUCCCCCUCAUCACCCUCAACUUCUCUGAAGCCAACAAUGAAAAGAAGUGUCCCUCCCCUCCUUCUUCUGAGAAGACCAUCAUUGCCCCAAAAGUCAAAGACCGCACACAUAAUGUCACAGACAAAGUUACACAGGUUCUGUCUCUGGGUGCAGACGUGCUUCCUGAGUAUAAGCUCCAGACUCCACGCAUAGACAAAUGGACCAUCCUCCAUUACAGUCCUUUCAAAGCAGUGUGGGACUGGCUCAUCCUGCUGCUGGUCAUCUACACYGCCAUUUUCACCCCCUACUCUGCUGCCUUUCUCCUCAACGACCUGGAGGAGCAGAAACGACGGGUGUGCGGCUACUCCUGCUCUCCGCUGAACGUGGUCGACCUCAUAGUGGACAUUAUGUUCAUCGUGGACAUCCUAAUAAACUUCAGAACCACUUACGUCAACUGCAACGAGGAAGUGGUGAGCCAUCCGGCCAAGAUCGCCAUCCAUUACUUUAAAGGCUGGUUCCUCAUAGACAUGGUGGCGGCCAUCCCGUUCGACCUGCUCAUCUUUGGCUCAGGGUCGGAUGAGACCACCACUCUGAUCGGCCUGCUAAAGACGGCCCGUUUGCUCCGCCUGGUGCGAGUUGCUCGUAAGCUGGACCGCUACUCAGAGUACGGUGCCGCUGUUCUCAUGCUGCUCAUGUGUAUAUUUGCCCUCAUCGCCCACUGGUUGGCCUGCAUCUGGUAUGCAAUUGGCAACGUGGAAAAGCCUUACCUGGAGCAUAAGAUCGGCUGGCUGGACAAUCUUGGCGUGUCAAUAGGAAAGAAAUAUAACUACAGUGACCCCAGCUCAGGCCCUUCCAUCAAAGAUAAGUACGUCACAGCUCUUUACUUCACCUUCAGUAGUCUGACCAGUGUGGGCUUUGGGAACGUCUCCCCCAACACCAACUCUGAGAAGAUCUUUUCCAUCUGUGUCAUGCUCAUUGGAUCUCUAAUGUACGCCAGCAUCUUUGGGAAUGUGUCUGCCAUCAUCCAGAGGUUGUACUCUGGCACGGCCCGCUAUCACCUCCAAAUGCUGCGAGUCAAAGAAUUCAUCCGCUUCCAUCAGAUCCCCAACCCACUCAGACAGAGGCUGGAGGAGUAUUUCCAACACGCGUGGACAUACACCAAUGGCAUCGACAUGAAUAUGGUGCUGAAGGGUUUCCCAGAGUGCCUGCAGGCGGAUAUCUGCCUCCACCUGAACAAGAGCCUCCUCCAGGGGUGCAAGGCGUUCCGCGGGGCCACCAAGGGCUGCCUCCGCGCCCUGGCCAUGAGGUUUAAGACCACCCACGCUCCCCCCGGAGACACGCUGGUCCACAGUGGAGACGUGCUCACGGCGCUCUACUUUGUGUCGCGCGGCUCCAUCGAGAUCCUGAAAGAUGACAUCGUGGUGGCCAUUCUAGGUAAAAACGACAUCUUCGGCGAGAUGAUCCACCUGUUCGCCAAGCCGGGGAAGUCGUGCGCSGACGUCCGCGCRCUCAGCUACUGCGACCUGCACACCAUCCAGAGGGAGGAGAUCCUGGAGGUGCUCGACAUGUACCCGGAGUUCGCCGACCACUUCUUCACCAACCUGGAGCUGACCUUUGAUCUUCGGGAUGAAAACGCAAAGACGACCUACCCCAGUGACCCUGACAUGGCGGACGGGAAGAGCCGCAGACGGGUUUCAUACAAGAGGAAAUCCUCCACAGGCUCACACAAGGAGCCGGCAGCCCCACACUGCGACGCCAAGAAGGGCCGCGGCGUCCACGCCUCUUCGCCGGCCGAGGACAGGAGAGAGUCCGCCGAGGAGGGGGAGGAAGACGAGGACGAGGAUGAGGAAGAGGAGGAAGGCAGGGAAGAGGAAGAGGAGCAGAGGCCCUUGUGUUCUGGUGUGCUUGGUUACCCGGUUGUUAGGGACCACACCCUGGGUCUCGGGCUGAGCGGGGCUCCUGAGGCCCAGRCUGAAGGAAACACACAGAACCAGGAAUAUAAAGAGCUCCAGGCAGAGGACUGGGUGCCGCCUCAUCCCGGCGCGGCAGCGGCUGAGGAGUCGGCUCAAAAUCGAGACACAGCCGGGGAGGACGACAGCGACACGGACCUCACCUACGGGGAGGUGGAGCAACGGCUGGACCUGCUGCAGCAGCACCUGAACAGACUGGAGUCCCAGAUGACUGCAGACAUCCAGGCCAUCCUGCAGCUCCUCCAAAGGCAGACYGCUGCUGGCCCCCCCGCCUACAGCACCGUCACCUCCAGCCCCGAGUACCACAGCCCGCCCAUCAGGGUCCAGCCGGCACCGGCCAUCCAGACGGACCUCACCCUGGACCCAGCUCCGCCUCUGCCACAGGGCCCCGACUCAGAGAGCUCUGCUAUGAAACCCAAAGACCCCUCUCCAGUUGUCCACACACAGACUCUUCCAGCAGGGCUGCUGGACAGCGCCCCCUACCCAGAGCAGAGAGACAUGACUAGUGGCAGCAGCGGUCCAGCCACACCGGCGCGGUUCCCGUCGGGGCGGCAGGCUUCCCUCCCUGACGUCCCCGGCAGCUCAGGAACGUUGGGACUCCACAGGCCCGUGUCUGACCCCGGCCUUCCAGGACAGUAGCCCCGCCCACAACCCUUCGAGACUAAAGGUCUUCUCUUAAGCUUGACUCAGGGUCUAAGAAAGAGACUGAAUUAUGCAAAGGAUUAAAAACUGUAGAUUUUCUUCCAUUCCUUUUGAGAACAUCUCUGAAGCCCAGCCCUCCCCAGCUCUGAUCUAGAUGUACAAAAUCCAUUUAUACUGAGGUAUUUAUACUCUAUAUUAUUAAACAUAUGUAAAGUCAUCAUCAGCUAUCCUGUACAUAGUUCAAAUAGACCACUGCCAGCAACACAAAGCACCUAAUGUGCUACUUCUAGAUAUGCAUGAUCUACGUUCUCACGUUUUCCGUUCUGUCGCAUGUUCCUCACACAGGCUGCAACUCCCGAGGCGUUCAGGUGUGAUCGGCAUGCUCAGAAUACUGUAGCUAGUUUUCUACAUCUAUACCCUCUACAUAGGGAACAAAGCUACUUGAAACUCACUGAGGCAUUACCGCAAAAUAAUACAGGCCCUACUUUACCAGAGCUUAGAGGUUACGUUAGCGCUUACACUUUCUAGAAUUUACCAGCUAACCUCAAAGUUCAGAGAAAAUAUGGCAUGCAUUAUGUGACGCUGCCCUGUAUUGUAGAUUUUACGCCACCGCUUUAAAGUUGGAACYGUUUUUGCCCCAUAAGAUCUGUGUGUAUAUUUAGCGUGCCUACAGUCCACCACAACCAGAAGAACAAGACCUCGCCUUUUGAGAGCAAUAAUGACGGGCCAGUGCAGGCAACACUGGUGGACCUGAACCUUACAACCAUCUGAACAGAGAAAAACCUACUUUUAACAAUAMGGAGCUCGUUUCUGAUACAUUCACUUGCUUUGUCAUUSACAUGUCAUGUAGGACAAAUGAGUUAAAAUCGACAUCAUCCAAUUUAGUGAGAGCUUCAGUUAAAUUGGUUUUUAGUACAUUGUGUUCGACAGAUGCCCUGUUCCUUUAAGUGUCAUAGUAACACUUAAAGGGAAAAGGAUGCGACGGUGAUAGCGAGAGACCAAGGCACUCGAAUACCCUUAAAUCAACUUUCUUUUCUGUCAUUGAGAGCUGGACGGUGCAUGCUUUAGGUCUUCCGUUGUUUUCUAAGAAACGACAACUUCCUGAAAGAAAGUAUAAUCAGAAAAACUAGAGAUAAAAUAAAUUUUGGCCAUAGCUUUAUUCGCUUGCUCUAGCCUUCAUAUACAAAUAGGGUUAGCUGUCAGAUACUCUACCAUCAUUUUAACUURAUCUGCAUGCUGAAGUGGAUCCGAUUCCAGCAUCAACCCCAAUAAACAUUCUGGGUCUCUAUAUAAACAAACAGUCAGCACAACAUCCAAGACCUAUUUUUCGAAACUGUACCCAUUUCAUUGGUGGUUUGUGUUUCACGGUUUCUGAGCCUGUUGUGGGAAUGGAUGCAAUACAUCACCUCUUAAUGUAGCAAGGCAGAAAGAUGUUUAUCCUAUACAACGGUGUGAAGAAGAUGUUUUACAUCAUGUUUCAUUUUGUAUCAAACUAAUUUUAUUUUCAGACAUAUAGCCAGAGUAGAUACAAACUGRAGUCCUCAAAUUUCAUUUGUCAAAGUUUAAAACCAUAAUUUUCCUCAAAUGGCCAUGCUGGUUUGGCCUUUUAAUUCAUGUAACAAAUGAAAACUGCCUUUUGUAUUAACUCAGGUUAUAUUUUCCAUUAAAAUUAGUUUGAUCUGAAAGUAAACAUGCAAAAACAGAAAGCUGCGAGGAGACCAACCUUUUCCCAGCACUGUAGAGUCUUUGUUUCUCCAUCCACUUAUUCUGCAUGCAGAAUUAGGCUAGUUUUUACCGAUCCCUCAAAUCAUACCAGCAGAAUAUCUAAAAUUAUAAACAGACAAACUAAGGACAUCAAACAGACCUAAAGAGAAAUUGUCCAAGUAUUUCCACCAGAGCGCCGCCUCUUUCCUUUGAUCAUCUGUCUUGAGACACAGAGCUGAGUUGCCGGCUCGUCUGCUGAACUUUUGAUGGGAUUUGCAAACUUUUGCACAGAGAAGCAACCUUGCUGUACUGGAUCUAAAUGUCACUUUUUAAAUCUAGUGCUGUUCACAAUUGUUUUUAUGCAUUUUUUUAAACGUUUGCCACUGUAUUUUAUACAAUGCGACACUUAACAGCUACUCUGAAUGUUUCUGUUCUUAACUAUAUUUAAAGAAAUGAAGUAUAUUGUGUAAAUAGACUGGGAAAUAAUGCACAAUUGUAUAAAUGAAUAUAGAAAAAUUAA